AUGUCGGGCAGAAAUGGAGGAGCACCUCGGGGGUGCAGCCACCCCAGCCUGCUGCCCCUCAGAGCCACAGUCCCUUAUCAGCUCCAGAGGGGCUCUGCUCUCCUCUGCAGGGAGGUCAAGACGGGUAAAUAUUCUCUACCAGUUGAGUCUACGCCUCGUCUACGUCUGUGUGGUCCAGAACUGAUAAAACGUUCAUUACGGUAUCGAUAAUAAAUUCUUAAGCCUUCAAGAUUGUCUACUUUAGAUAUAACGUACAUAUCCGUGAACAAUUUCAUUUCCCAAUCACUUUAUGUCAAUGGUACCUCAAAAGAAUGUGUAGUCGAAAUGGUGAGUCGAUUAGUCAGUUGACAGAGAAUGAAUCAGCACGUUUGCUAAAGUAGAACAUUUUUGUCUAUUUCAUGAAACAUGUAUUAUUUUUCAAAAACCUAACACUCUAAAUAUGCUGGUAUCCAGGCAAAUAGUGGUCUGUAGUUGCAGCCCCAAAGGGAAGCAUGUUGUGUUGUACUCAAAAAUUCAGGUCUAGUUUAGUUUGAAUAAAAAAAAGUUCUGCUACUUCAACUUGAACUGCAGAAAUGUCAAAACUGACAAUAACACUCUUUGAUAAGGUGAAAAGACCAGACUGCGCUCCACAUCAAAAUACAGGCCUCAAAAUUGUUCAUUUUCUGUCUUCAACUUAAUAAUUAAAUCUGUCCCAAAAGUCUCCAGCUAUAAAAUAAUAAUAAAAAAAUAAAUAAAGCCAACACUGAAAGCUGAAAAUGCUGAAAUACAAUCCUGUUCUUAUGUUGUUAUUUGGACUCUGAGUGGCCCCUCUGCACUCUGACCUGUGGGAUCUGUGCUCCAUGCUCCAUGCUCACACAGCAGCAGCCUCUUUGUUUCACUCUGAGCAUGUUGUCCUGUAACUUUAUCUAUCAUUGUCACAUCUGCAUGGAUACCGUUUAUUUUUACAUCCUGUUAAGCUUGAAACAUGGGCUAAUGACAACACACUUUGUGUGUUUGUGUGUAUAUAUGUUUGCAAGAUAUAGUGUAGCCUGUAUGAUGACUUACUUUCAGGUCACACGCAGGGUCCACACCUGCCUGAGAUUACAAAGAGCUGCCAACAUGAGUGCUGCAUACUUGUUGGGGAGGAAGCCUUGCAGCUAUUUUGUGAAACACUGGUGUUAAAAUACUUGAACAGAUUUUUUUAUCACACAAAGCGUUGCUUCAAGCUGAACAUGAUCUUACAGGCAAAAACUCACACGCUGCUGAAGGACAUGGUUUUGACUGAAGUCUCGCACAACCUGAUUUACUCCCUUACUUAUUUUAUGUGUUGUUUCUGUUUCCAAAAGCUGACAGGACAUCAGCUCGCCCACCGAAACCCACCAUCCGUCGAACUCUUUCCCUGGACGCCAUUGUGGCACCUUACCUACAGGGUCAGUGGCCUAAAGAAGCAGAGAGCUCAGCUGUUUCUUGUGUCAACGACAAAGCCACACAGGUAUAUCUACGCAAUUAUGAUCACACUGCCACAAUAUUUGUGUUGUAAAGUUAGUAUCACAUAAAACCAGGUCUAAGUAAAAGGCAGGCUUCUCAGUCCUUUUCACAUUAAACCUGUUGCUUCAUCAGAGCAAACAUUUCCCUGCGCUGCUUUUCCUGUAUGUUCAGGACAACUUCUGUGACGUUGACUCUGCAGGUGUCUCGUUGUUCCAGUUUGACACUGCAGCUUGAAAGCAGCCAACUGGAUAAUUUCUGCUCUUCUUUAAACUCUGUUGGCCCCCCUUCACCUCCUCCUCCCCUUCCACUGUAUCUGCGCCCAACUGAUGCACAAAGUCCCAACCAACACAAACCAAGCUUCGCCCUCGCUCCUGACACAGUUGAAAAACCCCAGUGAACCCCCUUUGCCUUCAUUGUGAGGAGCAGACCCCUCCUGACCUCAUUAUACAGAAACCCCAUCCCCCAGCACUCGCUUCAACCACACGCAUGCACAACCACACCAGCACCCCACCCAGCUGCUCCUUGUGCAAGAGUUCCUCUGUAUUGCCUUAGAUGAUGUGAAUAAUUUUGCACAUUUUCAUCAGCUGGAGUUUGCACAGCUGUUAAAAAGGGUUGACUGGUGUUUAGUAGAGGUUAAAGAGAGCUGAGCUUUUUCUCUUCAUAAGUCUGUUUUGUAAAUUUGUGAAUGUGUCCUUCCAAACUUUUAGGCAAUCUCACACUUGAUCACAAAACUUUGAUGUCAGUCAAAUGUCCAAGUUUGCAGUGCUGAGACUGAGAAGUGGACACAUUAUGUGCCAAUAGUUAUGGAGCAUCUGUUGGUAGUUCUGUGGUGCGCCACAAAAGGGCCACAUGCCAUGCUGGUAGUUCAUUGAGGGUUUAGCUAGUCCCCUCAGUGGUUCUAGUACCACGAUAGAAUUGUUAAAUUGUAUGUGUUUUACCUUUUUUCCUUUGUUAGAUAUGAAAGCUCAGAACAGACAGGAAAUGUGGGGAGAGAGGAGGAAUUGAGGUGUACAUUGUGCCAAGGUGGGACAAAGACUGUAGCCUCUGUUUUUAUGUAUUUUGAUUGAACCUUUUAUUUAACCAUGUAGUAACCCAUUGAGAUUGAGAUCUCUUUUACAAGGGUGACCUGGCCAAGAGGCCUGCAGCACAUGUCUUUAUGAAUAUUACAUAAUUUGAAAAACAAAUAACAAACAAUUGGAUAAAAACAUCAAGUUAAAAGGUAGAAAACUAGUGAGAAUAGUUUCAUAAAUAAGACUGAAUUAGUGUGUACACCUGCAACUGCUCAAGGGUGGGCAGUCAGACUCAGUGUUUAGGUCCCGGUGAUGAGUGAGCUGUGAACAACUGUGACAAACCUCAGGGCUCAGUAAUAAACAGUAUUCAAAGACUGUAAACAUGUACCGCCUAUCACCGUAAUAGAGUUAAGGCAGAAAAGUUUGCUGGUAGGCUACAAGAAGUUUCCUUGCACUAAGAGAGAAGCAGGAACUAUUUCUAAAAUAAAUGCCUACCUUCACCCUGAGUUUAAGGACCAAAUUAGAAACGUGUGCUUUAAAAGUUAGUUUUUGAUCAAUAAAACCCAAGAACUGUAGUCCAAAAAAAUCACAGUAAUUUUACUCAAAUUUAGAUUAAACAUUCAGGGUCAAAAACAUGUAGAGUAUGAAGGGUAAAGAGCUUGCAUUAGAAACAUGAGCACCAUUGUUUGAUGUUAAGAUAACUUGUCAUUCCAGUUGUGAGUGAAUUAAAAAAAAAGACUAUUAAAACUGUAAAUGUUAUUUGGAUUUUUUAAACAAGAACGUUAAUCAUUUCUCUACUUUCUUGCUGCUUUUUUGAGUUUCACUAUAUUAAAAUUAAAUAUCUGUGGUUUUAGACCAUUGAUCUGACAAAAACAGACAUUAUUAAGUUUGUUAUUACCAGUUAGGGACAUGGGGGCUGACACAUUUAUAGUCAAUAAAAUGGUUGUAGGUACAGCUGCUGGUGUUAUUAUGUAGGCCAUAUGCAGACUGGAAUUAAAUACACUAAUGAGUCGUUCAAAAUGGAAACACUAGCUGUGCCAACCAGCCAGUCUUUUUAUAGCUCUGAGUCCCAUGAUCCUCCCUGUUCAUGUUUUGGAUGACUGUGAGGGUCAGCAGCUGUAACUCAACACCGAUGUCACUAUAUGACUGACUCAUACGGCUUUCUGACUUAUUUAGCCCGGCGAUGAAUUGCAUAUCUGUCUGCGAGAUGGUGCCCGUGCUUUCCUGCAGGAAGUUCAAGCACUGAUAGGAUUUCUCUGAGUCGUGAGGCCGAUCCCUAAAGGACAAGUUGUAUUUGGAGAGACAGGAGAGCAUGACACAGCCUCAGGUCAGGCAGUGAGAGCUAUGUGAAUGUGUGUAAAGUUAGCUGCCUCAUGAACAGCACAGACGAACAGUGAGGGGAUCGGAUUGUUUCUGAGUGUAUGAAACAGCUGACUCGAAGUGUGGAGGACUGCAGCUCUUGGUCUGGGGGCUGAACUUGGCCUGGGCUUAGACCGGUGAUGAUGAACUGCCAGCAGGCCGGAGCGGUUGAUCAGACUCCAUCUGGUAGAAGAUCCAGAGUCAAUGUGAAGAAAUCGGUAGGAUCAUGCAUCAUGGAGCUGAGAUUGACAAAAGGAGAAAUACAGACAGAGAGGCAGUUAGUCUGUUUUUCCUUCACAGCACCUGACUUUUUGAAUAACAGGGUUUUUUUGUGAGUGAUAACAUCUGUGCUAAAUGCUGAUUCUUGUGCUAUAUUUAGAGUCUCUACGAAUGUGUGGUUUGGGUGUUUUUGUUAUGAGUGUUGAAACUGCUCUGUGGUUUUCUCAUUGCCUGCAUCUGUACAGCUGUUGUGAGGCAGGUGUGUGGCACAGCUGUGGAGUGUUAUGUCUGUUGUGCAUAGUUUGAGUGUUGUAGUGUUUAUCAGAGCUCCCAGAAGGUGUCAAAAACAGGCCUUUUUCCUCCUCACAUAGACGUACUCUGGAGUCUUUAUUGACCUCACUGUGAUCUUAUUUUUUUGCAAAGACUCCGAGCUCAUGGGCUGAGGAGACCCGAGGAAGAAGGAGUGCCGUUGGACACAAGCGCUCGGCAUCAUGGGGCAGCGCAGAGCACCUAAGAGAGGUGAGUUACUUCAGUUCAUCCAAGCUGCAGUUUCUCAUGCCCCCUCAUCAUGCUGUAAAACAUUAACAGCUCCCAAGGGUGAAGCAUGACCUCUCCUUUUCAGAGUGACUCAAAAGUGACUUGAAUCAUUUUUCAGGUGGCAAAGCUAAGGCACCAAUUGCAGAAGCGUUCCCGCCACGCCCCUCCCCCUGCCGGAUAUGAGCUCAGCCACCACCACCCCCUGCCAGCAGGUCAUGCAGCAGGCAUCUCUCAGGUAAUUCUUAACUCCUUUGUGUGUUGAUAACCUGUAAGCUAAAGAUACAAAGAUCAAGGUUUCUAUGGCUACCACUGAUGCCAAAGAGCGGGCAGACUAGACGGAGCUCAGUAACAGAGAUAUAAAAAACACAGAUGCUUUUCUUAGGAUCUGCUGUCAUCAAAGAUCAUGUGUUACAGUCACAGAAAGAAUAUUUGAACCUGCACAUAACACUAUGCUGGGAGCAAAAUCUGAAGCCAGGCUAAGAGUGAACUUAACACAUGGUUGAAACCAGGAAAAGAAAUUCAAACAACAAAGAAUAUUCAAGUCCAAAAAGCCUUUAUUACUCAUCUACUUCUAAACCUCUGCUAGCUUUCCUUUAACUUGUAGAGACUCAUUAUGACCUGUUACGAAUGUCUUUCUAUCAAGGUAUUCCACUAGUGCUGUCCUCAUAAAGAAAAAGUUGAAUUAGGUCUGUGGUUAGACUGAGCUCUUCUGCAUUUUGCCUGAAUUCGAUUUGUGUUUCUGUAGACGAUGCCCCUGAUGCCUCUGAACAGACUCGCCUCAAGGCUGAGACGAAGUGUUGAAGGCCUAAACUUGGAGCUGGAGGAGGUGUUUGUUUCUGAGAAACCCAGCGAUCAGCAUGAAGUGAGGUUUAGGACUGAGAAAUUUAAAUUUAAAACAACCAUUCACAUGCAUCAAAACUUCAACGUACAAGUUUUUAUCCUCCACCCACCAAAAAAUGAAACUCUGACUGUCUCUCUCCUUUGUGACUCAACAUUGCAGAUUUUAGAUAUUCCAGAUGGCCACAGGGCCCCAAACCCAGCCCAAAGGUGCAGUAGUGGCUCUCAGAGUGAACCAUCUCCAGGUCCUCUUGAUCCUUCUCUCCUCUCUCCCUCUCACUCGCCCUGCCCUCUGGAUCCAUCGCUUCUGUCUCCUUCAAACUCUCCUUGUCCUCUGAGCCCAUCUCUUUUGUCUUCAUCACAGUCUCCUUGUCCCAUUGGAGAACCAGGUAAGACACCCUGAGGUGUGCUACCCAUAUUUCAAAGCUUUGCAUAACUAUACUCUGUUUUAGUGAUAAAGGUAUUUGUGCACAUCAUUUCAGAGCCAGUGCACUGUGGGCCCCUGCGACUCUCUCCAUCCACGUCACUCCCCUUAUUUGAUUUGGACCCUCCUCUGAUUCAGCCCUGCUCCUCUUCUCUUUGUGCUACAAAAACCUGCUCCUUCCAGCGGGAGCCACCAGAGGGCUGUGAGAGAAUGCGAAUAUGUGAAGAGGCGAUGUAUGUUACUGUUUGCUGGACUUAAACGCUGUGCAUUCAUCACGUUAUCAUUAAAGUAAUGCCUGGUCCCCAUGACCACAGUGAUUUUUCAGGAGCUAAGCUAAGGUUGUUGUAAAAAAAUAGAUGUUUCAUUUGCGUUCUCUGGUAUAUUGUGGCAUUGAAUGAGAUUUAUUUAUUGAAGAAAAAUAAGAAGAUUCAUUUUGUCUCUGAUUUGUUAUGACUGUGCUUUUGUUAUCCUUAAAGACAAAGCAUCUUGAGGUACAUGCCAAUCUCUCUCUUUCCCCACAGAUCUGCCUGUCAGGAUGAGCCUUUCCUCCAGCCAUCUUGCCCUGACCCCAAUAAAGUUAACUUCACCCCCCAUGGAGGCUCUGCUUUCUGCCCCGUCAGUCUCCUGAAGCCCCUACUGCCCUCUAUGGACCUCCUCUUCCGGGGCCUGUCAGUCUCUCCAGUCACUGGCUGCACAGGUCAGGCAUCUCCCACCAGGCACCUGGGCAUGCAGUAG